AUGUUUGAAAAAGCUAUUGUGACGUUUUCGUCACCCAAAGACGCCGAGGCCUUGGACUUGGUCGGCGCAACCAUCUUGGUGGACGAGUCGGAUCCGAUCGGCAUUCACAUCGCAGCGCAGAACCUCGCGCAGGACUUUGGUCGGGUCACCCAGUCGGAACAGAGCACAGUUCAGGUCGUUCAAGGGACCCAAGUCGAUGCCGCCUUAGGAUCUGCCGCUGCCAUUAUCAUCGGAUCAAUCGAGUCAAGUUCUAUUCUCCAGCGGCUGGAUCAAGAAGGGAAGCUCAACUUUGACGAGAUUCGAGGGAAAUGGGAGUCCUUCAGCACUUGUGUAAUCGAAGAACCCUUGCCGGGCUUGCAGAAAGCCCUCGUCAUUGCCGGGAGCGACAAGCGAGGGGCGAUAUUCGGCGCCUACACUCUCUCUGAGCAAAUCGGAGUCUCUCCUUGGUAUUACUGGGCUGAUGUUCCUCCCAAACAUCAUGAAGCUAUCUACACAAUACUACAGCCGACUUGUCAUGGUGAACCGAGCAUUCGCUUCCGCGGCAUCUUCAUCAACGAUGAAGCUCCUGCCCUCACGGGCUGGGUGAGGGCCAACUUCGGGGGCUACAACUCUGAAUUCUACAAGAAGGUCUUUGAACUGCUACUGAGGCUCAAGGCCAACUUCCUCUGGCCGGCAAUGUGGCCAGGCUACCCCAACCCGGGCGCCUCAUUCUUCACAGACGACCCCCUGAACCCCAAGCUCGCCGAAGACUACGGCAUCGCCGUCUCCACGUCCCACCACGAGCCCAUGCAGAGAAUGUCCAACGAGUGGUUCGCAGAUAACCCGGACGGCAGCUGGAACUGGCUCACCAACAAGGAGAAGAUCACCGGCUUCUUUGAUGAGGGCGUCAAGAGGGCAAAGGGCCGCGAGUCGUACUUCACCCUUGGCAUGCGCGGCGAGUAUGACCGGAGGAUGAAGACGGAUGAUCCGGCUGCUGUUGUAAGGGAUGUUAUCAAGACGCAGCGGGCUCUUAUCAAACAGGUUCAUGGGAGAGAAGAUGCUGUUCCUCAGCUCUUGGCCCUGUAUAAGGAGGUGCAAGAGCAGUACGAGGAGGGUAGUCUUGAUGUGCCUGAUGAUGUGACUCUUCUGUUCGCCGAUGACAACUUUGGCAGUAUCAGGCGCCUGCCAUCUGGAGCAGAAAGGGAUAGAAAAGGGGGUGCAGGGAUAUACUACCACUUCGAGUAUGUGGGAGUUCCACGAAGCUACAAGUGGAUCAACAGUAACUCUCUGGGGAAAACCUGGCAUCAGCUACAAGAAGCACACAAACGUAACGCGAAGCAAAUCUGGGUCUUCAACGUUGGUGACAUCAAGCCGAUGGAAGUACCGCUCACUUUUGCAAUGACGUUGGCCUGGGACAUCAACUCUAUCGGCGCCGACGACUUCGCAAACUUCUAUCAGACAAUGGCAGAGACAAAUUUUGGGAAGGACCAAUCCGACCAGAUCGCAUCGUUGUGGCAAAGAUACGAUCGACUCUCGGCACUACGAAGACACGAACACAUUGAACCGACGACUUUUUCCUUGAUCCACUACAACGAGGCAGAAGACGUCGUACACCGCUGGGAGUCACUCCUUCGAUCAGCCGAGGAGAUCUACAACCAGACCCCAGAGGCUCAAAAGGCAGCCAUCUUCGAAACCGUCCUUCACCCAGUCAAGGCCUCGACAAUCUUUACUAAACUCCAAGUGACCCUAGGCCGGAACAGACUCUACGCCCGCCAGCGCCGCAACGUCGCCAACAAGCUCGCCCGCGAGGUUCUCGACCUCUUUGAUGCAGACUACGCCCUCUCGGAGGAGUUCCACGUUCUGUUGGACGGUAAGUGGGACCAGAUCAUGAGCCAGACACACUACGGCUACGAAGAGACGUGGCACGCGCCGUACCGCGACAUGAUAGGCGGCCUGUGCUACGUCCAGCGUCGGCAGCGUUCGAAUCCAGUUAUGGGGCAAAUGGGAAUCGCUGUUGAAGGCCAUGAGGGCGUUCGUCCAGGCAGGACGAAUGAGGAGUCUGAUCGAACACACCCUAGCCGGCGGGACUUGGUUCCCGGGGUAACUUUGAGGCUGAUGAGUCGCUAUGGACCGUUUAAGAGGUGGUUUGAUAUCUACAGUCGGGGACCUCAGGUGACGCAUUGGAGAGCUGCGGUUCCAUAUGACUGGGUCAAGCUCUCGAUGUCGUCUGGCACGCUUGAUCCUGAUGGAGAUGAUGCGCGGAUUGAUGUCACAGUCGAUUGGGAUCAGGUGCCAGAUGACUUCGACCAGCAGAUUUUGAUCGAUAUCAGAUCCAGAGAGGGCGACUUUGAGCAGUUACAUCUACCUAUCACUGGCAGACGCAUUCCCAAAUUGUUCAGAGAAGGCUUUGUCGAAAGCGACGGGUACAUCUCCAUCCCUGCGGCGCAUCGUCCUCCACAAGAUCUCAAAGCACUGCCGGACUGCGGCAGGACCCCAGAGGGAGGGAUUUCCCUUGCCCCGGGAGCGGAGAGCGCGGAGCUCACGUACAAGUUUUACGCCUUCUCGCAGACAGCGAGCCCGUCUCUGUUAUUGUACUUCAACAUGACGCUCGACCUGGACCCGGCAGAUCCGAUGUCUUACGACUUGCAGGUUGACGAUGGACCUGUCCAGACCCAUCGACUGUCGCCCAAGACCAGCGACCUCCCCGAAGAAUGGUUCUAUGCCGUACAGGAUUGUUCUUGGUUGCGAAGGCAUGGUCUGGGCGAGAAUGGCUUCAGUGCUGGGGAGCAUAACGUGAGGAUUCGUCUUAAGCAUUCGAACUUGAUAUUGGAAAAGCUCGUGGUUGACCUUGGCGGCGUGCAAGAGACUUACGUUGGCCCGCCACCAAGUGUGUAUAUCUCCUAG